AUGCGUUCGCUGCAGUUGUGCCGUAGGGGAGGCGUUACCCCGCCGUUGUUGUGGCGUCUGCCACUCCUGCGGCGUUUGGCGCCGGCCUGGGCUGACGGAGGCAUUGAGAUUAAAAGAAGCCACGGUGCGCAGCGUGGCGGCUGUGUGUGUGCCAUGCAAGUGGUGCUGCGGCAGCACAGCACCGCGCGCCCGUCGCCCGUUUCCCCUGGAGGAGGCGCAGGUGGUGCGAACGGGGGUCAGGCAGCCGCCCCUCGUGGCGAUGCUGCGGAGGGGCACGGUGGCGGGGACAGCGCAGUUGUCACCUCCCUGCUUCCCGCUUCCGGAACACUUCGCACCGUCCGUCUUCACAACAUGCCGCGCACCUGGUUGCACGAGGAAGUGCUGCAAUUUCUUCAUCAGGUAGCGGAGCACGCAGGUAUCGCGCCUCCAUCCAGUGCUGCAGCGACGGAGGCAGAUGGGCACCGUCAUGAGGAGGAAGACGCAGAUGACGAGGACGUGACGUCGGCGGUGCCGCACGUCACGUCUCCCUUCGUCGCCCGCAUGCACAUCCCUUUUGGACGUCGCACAGGCAUAGUCUACGGCGCUCCCAUCAUUCAGCUCACCUCUGAGGCCCUCGUUUGUUAUCUGCUGAACGAUCUGAGGUUUGACCCGGACGACUACCGCAGCCGUAUUUACUUCACGGAGGUGGUGGGCGACAUGCAUCAUGCGUUCACAACGACGGCGACGGAACUCACCGAUGCGGAGGAAUCUCUGAAGCAGGAGCAGCGGGAUGCCCUUGAGACACUUGAGUUGGAUCGCUACCUGAUGGCCCCUGACCUGCUCUACGACAUGGCGAAGAUGCGGCAGCGACGACUCGUGACGCGGCGGUCAAAGCUGCUGCUUCACACCUUUGCCGAUACGGAGAGUCCUGCAGAGGAUGCAGCGGACGAGGCUAACGAGCACGAGGAUGACCCGGCAAGUGAGUCUAAAGACAGACGGCUGACAGGGCAGAAAAAGUCGCGGCAAACGCUGCGGUGCGCUGGCGACUACAAGGAGCUGGGGCGUGGCUCUAUACACAGUGUGCCACUUGCGCUGCCAUACGUGCAGGGUCGUCGCGGUACAUGA